AUGGGUAACGAGAGUUCGCAGCUAAGUGGUUUGGAAAUUGAAGAAAAGGCUAUAGAGAUAACAGACUUUUGGUGCCACUAUCAGGCUACCAUUAAUGAUAGUUGUAGAUAUUUCAGUUUAAAAAGUGAUGGUUCAGUAUCUGUGUUUAAAGGAGAAGCAGCGGUGGGACCAUUAUGGGCAAUAUCCACGCCUUUGGAAAAGUUUUCCAAUAAUCUUCUGAAAUACCGUCAUCCUUGUAUAGUUCGAUAUGUAUCUGCUUGGCAACAACGUUCUACUCUUCAUUUAGCUACAGAAUAUGUACAGCCACUAUCACAUGUAUUACGUUCUCAGACUCCGCUUCAAAGAUGUAUAGGUUUAAAUAAUAUCUUAAGAGCCUUAGUGUUCCUACAUGAACAGGCUGGUAUGAGUCAUAACAAUGUCAGUGUAUCAGCUGUAUAUGUAACUGGUGAUGGACAGUGGAAGCUAGGAGGAUUGCAGUACUUGUGUCCAGUGAGUGAACUUACUUCUGCAUAUUUGAAACAUGCCAGAAUUCAUAGGUAUGAUAAGGCAGUAGACCCCAAUGAAGAUUCAUAUGAGAUUACUACAAAGGUUGACCAAUAUGGAUUUGCAGCAUUAGUAGAUGAUGUCUACAAAGACAGUAAAGAUGAUGAAGUACCACAUUUGAAAGAAUUUAGAAAAUAUUGCAGAGAUAUUUUGCAACACCAGAAUCCUGCGAACAGGCCCAAUCUGUCUGAAGUGUUGGUGCAUAAUUUUUUUAAUCAUGAAUUUAUAACUAUAUAUAAAUUUCUGAACUUCCUACCAUUAAAAACUGAAGAGGAGAGAUGCCAGUUCUUCUCUAACAUUUCAGACAAUCUUAAAUGUUAUGAUGAAGAAACUGUUGCAAAACAACUUAGUGGUCUUUUACUAUCCAGGCUCACUAUGUUAGACCAAACUGCCCAAAAAGACGUCAUACCUUUUAUUCUCAAGCCUAGAAAUGAUAGACUAACUAAUGGAGAAAUACCAGGAUUUUUCAGUCUUGGUGUUUUUAAAGAACAUAUAAAACCAAGACUGAUGCAAUUGUUUGGUGUAAGAGACAGUCAAAUUAGAAUGCUGCUUUUAAAACAUUUUUCUAAAUUUGUUCAUGUGUUUUCACAUGAUGAGCUCUCUCAACAUAUUCUGCCAGAGUUACUUUUAGGGAUAAAGGACAUAGAUGAUAAUUUGGUUUCAUCAACUCUAAUAUGUUUAAGUGAAUUAGUGCCUAUCUUAGGAGCCAAUACAGUUAUUGGAGGGAAAAGAUCUAAAUUUUUCACAGAUGGAAGACCUAACUCUAAGAGCAAGUCAAUAUUACCGACAGUUAGUCAAAUACCUGACUCUAGUGUUUACAUUCCACCAAAAUCGUUACGAGAUUUACCUUGUUCUGAAGAUAUUUAUGUAAAUGACAACAAUGAAUUAACAGCUUUUGAAAAAACGUUAACACUAAACGAAAGGCCUUCUCCUGUCGGUGGAGAAUCCUUAGAUGAGAUUACGGCAACAGAAAGAUCAGUUAAAAAGAUUGACAGUGAAGAAGAUUGGAGCGACUGGGAUAAUAGUCGUCAGUUAACUACGAUUGUAACUCCAGCUAUAUUAGAUGAUAUAAUAAAAGAGGAUCACAUUCAUAGGGAUGUAAUUGACGAUAAUUUAACGCAAAUUUUUAAUGCUGAUCCUAAAAUAACAGAUAUUAACAUUAUUUCAGAUUCAAGGUCAAUUCUGUUACAAAAAGCUGCUAUAGAAGCAAAAAAGAACAUUGUAGAUAUAUCUGAACUAGAUAUAAAAAAUCAAAAAUAUGAUAAUUCUAAAAAGAGUGGAGAUGAAUUUGAUUUCUUUGCAGACAUGACACCUGUCAUAGAAAAACCAACGAUUGUAAAUAUUGGUCAAGAUAACAAUACACCGCAUGUUAGUAGCAAAUUAAAUUUCGUACCUGACGAAAGUGUUGAUGAAAAUGAGGGUUGGGGUGAAGGUUGGAAUGACUAA